GAGGAUGAGCUGCGUCAGGGGCUGGAGUUGAGGGAGGAGCGGGUGUUGCUGUGCCGGGCGUAGCUGUACUCAGGGGGCCAGGAGGCGGUGGUGUCGGGUGCCCACUGACGAUGGAAUGAAGUGAUUGCGCUCUUCCAUGUACGAAGCAGGCAGCCAUGGCCACUCUUCCGGGAACUAUUACAUUUAAGGAGUUCUGUCCCUUGUAUUCCAUCCUUAAUGCUAUCCCGGCUAAAGUACAAAAGGGAUUCCGGACCUACCUCGUCUAUCUCACUGCACUUGACGUUAAUGGCGACUAUAUUGCGAUUGGGAGCAGCAUCGGGAUGUUGUAUCUGUACUGCCGACACACAAACCAGAUGAGGAAGUACAACCUAGAGAGGAAAACGGAGUCUGUAUCUGUCCUGAAGCUGCUCAGCUGCUUUGAUGACCUGGUGGCAGUGGGCACUGUAUCGGGGCAGGGUGGCCGUGUUCCAGCUGGUGUCUCCGCUGCCGGGAGGAAUAAGCAGUUGAGGAGGUUUGACGUACUCGGAAUCCACAAGAGCAGUAUCACCGCACUAGCCUGGAGCCCCAAUGGGACGAAAUUAUUCUGGGAUGACAGAGGGAAGAUCGUACUGGCUGAUCUAGACUUUGACAAGGAUGUAGAUGGGAAGGAGCCAGCUGUCAUGCCAGUUUACACUGAGUUUUGCGUCUGCUUCUGUAACCUGCUGUGGAAGAUAGAACAGAAGUCUGACAAGGCCUUCGCAUGUGGGAAAGUAACCAUUAAAGGGAAAAGGCAUUGGUACGAGGCCCUGCCUCAGGCUCUGUUUGUAGCGCUGAGUGAUGACACCGCCUGGAUAAUCAGAACCAAUGGAGAUCUGUACUUGCAGACAGGUGCCCUCAGUGUAGAUCGCCCGUGUGCCAGAUCCAUAAAGGUUGACGUUCCGUGCCCGCUAUCCCAGAUCACAGCCAGGAAUAAUGUUGUGUGGGCACUUACCGAGCAGCGCGGCCUCCUGUACAGAGAGGGAGUGAGCAGCUUCUCUCCGGAGGGGGAGCUCUGGCAGUGUGACCUCAUCAGUGAAAGACAAGCUCUGGAACCAGUCUGCGUGACGCUGGGCGACCAAGAGACGGUGUGGACUCUGGACACCAAUGGCAACCUGUGGUUCAGGACCGGAGUCACGUCAAAGAGGCCACAAGGAGAAGAUGAGCAUUGGUGGCAAGUCAGCAUCACGGAUUAUGUGGUCUUCGACCAUUACACCUUAUUCCAGACUCUCAUCCAGGCCACGCAGACGGUGGCCACGGUUGCCCAGGUUCCCGUAGAAAGAGUGGCUGACAAGCUCCGCAUGACCUUCUGGUCGCAGCAGUCCCAGUGUCAGCCCAGCCUACUGGGCGUCAACAGCAGCGGGGUGUGGAUCACCUCCGGCAAGAACGAGUUUCACGUGGCCAAGGGGAACCUGAUUGGUACUUACUGGCAUCAUAUUGUACCGAGAGGCACAGCUUCCACCACCAAGUGGAUCAAUGUCUUUGCUUCUGCUGCCCCUAGUGGAGAAGGAAACGUCCUGUGGAUAUCACAAAGCAGGAAAGAUCUCUUCUGCCUGAGUGACCUGACCUCCCCGCAUAGACCCUCCACAGUCCAGCUUCCCCCUGACACCGAGAUGAUCCACAUGUCCGCCUGCAGGGAUGCCGUGUGGGCUCUAGAUAACCAGAGCGGUGUGCUCAUCCGCACUCUCUCCAGAUCAUGCCCCACCGGGAUGCAUUGGACGAAGCUGGACCUCUCUCAGCUGGGUGCUGUGAAGCUGUGCAGCCUGUCCUGCGGUAAUCAGCACAUCUGGGCCUGCGACACCAGCGGAGUCGUUUACUUCCGAGUGGGGACUCAGCCGCUCAAUCCCAGCAUGAUGCUGCCUGCGUGGAUCAUGAUUGAGCCCCCCAUACAGCCUGUAGGGAUCAACCUGAUUAAUGUAUAUUCUAGUCCAAGUGACAGCAUGCUGUGGACGCUGGACAACAAGUGCAAUGUUUAUGUAAGAGUCGGCAUUACAGAGGAGAUGCCUGUAGGGACGGACUGGGAACACGUGCCGGGCUUGCAGGCGUGUCAGCUGGUAGUGAGCGUGAGAACGGUGUGGGCACUGUGCCCAAAUGGAGACAUAGCCCGACGGUACGGGAUCACAGAGAGAAACGCAGCUGGCGACUACUGGAAGAAAAUCCCUGGAAACAUGUCAUGGCUGACAGUGACUGCGCAGGAUGAGCUCUGGGGUGUCAGCAGCGCCGGGUCCCUUCUCCAGCGUCUUACAAAGACCUACAGCCACCACCCAACCAUUCCAAAUAAUGACAGCCAUCUGGCGCACUCGGACUUCGAAGAUGAAUGGGAGGUGAUCUGAAGUAGCACCCCGAAAACGGUCUGCUAAAUCUGUGCGCUUGUCCAUACGCUGCUAAACACCUGUGUGUCCCGUGUUACUAGUCCCUGUCAUAUACAAAGCACUUUGCGUGGUCCAGAGUAUUUCCACGUUGCCGUGUCUGUGCCCUUGUAACGGAACCACACGUUGUAAUGUGUAUAUACUCUAGAUGUUCUUACACAAUACAGCUCACGCGUCUUAGUAUCUCUCUAAUACUGUAAUAUUCAUAGUGGGACGGGGCACAGAUUGCUGCUGGGAUCUUUCCCCUCAUUACCCGCGAAGGGGGUGUGGUCUCCUGUAACGGUUCAUGUGCGAGUACGGUUUAUAUGGCAGCGGGGGAAGACGUUACAAGUACUGGUGCAAAUUUAGUUGUACAAAGAAUAUUCCGCAACCCAUUGUUGUCACAAGUGUUCCCCAUUGCGACUAGACACUGAAGAAAUAGGCUUGUGUCUGACAAUAAACUAUUUCACCAGAAGUUGUCACAUAGCCUCUUCUGAGCCGUUGUGGUAGCACUUUACAUAAUCUGUAUUCUGCGCUUGUUGUGUACAGUCACUGAAAUGCAGCCUUGGCGAGAUGGUAUCGUAAUCCCAGCGAUCGGGAUCCGGGCGGUCUGAAUUCCGAAAGCCGCAUCCCAACAUUCAGGAUCCCGGAAAGUAUUUUAACCGUAGCCCUAACUCACCCUUCCUGCAACCUAUCCCUAAUCCACCCCUCCCGCACCCCUACUAACUGUCCCCCCCCUAGUGCCUAACCCUAAACUACACCCUAACCCCACUACGUACCGUGGGGAUUCUGACUGCAUUGCAGCCGUGGAAUGUAAGUGUAUUCCAGCACUUUGUGACGGUGAUACCAUAGCGAUCGCUAUCAGCAAUUUAUAGCCAUGCAUUUAGCUUUUACAGUUCUGCUGUUGUGCCAGGUGGUUUACACUGUAACACAAUACAAAGCCGCCACUAUAUACAGGUCGCAUCCAGAUUGUAUCCGCAGCUAGCGAACGGGGUCAGGAGGAGCGGCCGUAUAUUGUUUACAGUGACGUUAAAAUGAUUUAAUUUCUUUUUUUUAUCUUGCAAUUAAUAUUGGCAGAUUUUCAAUAUAAAGGUGGGGUUUAUAGUGGAUACAGAUAAGCUAAUUUAUUACCCAAAUCCAGUGUGUCCGCUUUAUUCGUGUAGGCCGUUUCUGUUAACAGUAUUUUAUUAUUGUUGUCUAAAUAAAAUCAUUAACUUAGUUUA